GCAUUCCCACAUCACUGACAAGUUAUCCUGUUAUCUUACUGCAGAGCUGAGUGUGGAGACACAGCACAUGACAGAAUGAGCAACCUUCCAGAGAUCACCCUGAAAUCGCGCCUGCUACAGCUAAAAUGUCAUUUUACUUGGAGGCUGCUGGAAAAAGACAUUGAUAUUGCUGACACAGAAGACUUAUUGCACAACCAGUUGACAUUUUUGGUUACUAAAAACAAAUACAUGGUGUACAAUCUACUGGCCUAUAUAAUGCACCUUAAAGGCGACUACACAAAAGCCAUUGCCAAUCUAAACGAAGCGGAAGAAAAGAUUAAAAAGAACAAUCCAGAUGGAACAGACAGAAAGUAUCUGGUGACAUUUGGGGACUACGCCUGGGUGUACCACUACUUAAAACGAUAUGAAGAUUCUCAAAACUACAUAGACAAGAUAGACCAAAUUAAUAAGGAAUUACAACUUUCCCCAAAUGACAGUAAAGACAUAGCUGAGAUUUAUGGGGAACAAGGUUGGUCAUUGCUAAAAUGUUGUGGGCAAUAUUAUGAAAAAGCUAAAGAAUGUUUUGAGAAGGCUCUUGAGCUAGAACCAGAAGAUCCUGAGUGGAAUUCUGGCUACGCAACAGCGGUUUAUCGAUUGGAAGGAUUCAAUGGCAGAAUAUGUUGCGCUUCCGAAUGCAAAUCGCUACCACUGUUGAAACGCGCUAUAUCACUAAAUCCUGAGGAUGCUGUGCUGAAAGUACUUCUAGCAUUGAAGCUACAAGACCUAAGUAGAGAUUGUGAGGGAAAAAAAUAUGUUGAAGAAGCUCUAAAACAAGCUCCAAACCUUCCAUAUGUACUUCGCUAUGUGGCAAAAUUUUACAGAAGAGCUGGGCUGGUGGAUGAAGCUCUACGUGUCCUAAAUGGUGCACUAGAUCAAAUACCUUCCUCUGGAUUUCUACAUCACCAAAUAGGACUAUGUUACAAAAGCAAGGUAUUUGAUAAAACAAGGGUGUUUGGAAAGAUGAACAUCCAAAGCAGACAAAUGCACACAGGAGAAAUUGAUGAACUCAUCCAAAAAGCCAUAUUUCACUUUGAAAAAACGCUGGAACUCAAGAAUACAUUUGUAUAUGCAUACACAGGACUAGCUAAUAUGUACAGUAAGGCAAAGGAAUACAGCAAAGCAGAAAAUACAUUUAAAAAGGUUUUAUCAUUCCCCAAUCUUAUAAAUGAAGAGAAACAGCAGAUCCACUUAAACUAUGGACGUUUUGAGGAAAAUUUCAAGAAAUCUGAAAGUGAAGCAAUAAAACAUUAUAAAAUAGGCCUCCAGAUAACUGAUCCAAGCCGUGACAGAGAAAGCUGUGAGAGAGCUUUAAAAAGACUAGCGGAAAGUAAGAUUCAGAGUGACCACAGAGAUCCUCUGGGGUUUGGUUUGCUUGGAUUUGUCCAUAAGAAUAAUGGGAGAACCUCAGAGGCAAUUGAGUGUUAUGAAAAAGCCUUAAAAUAUGAUCCUUACAAUGAGGAAUAUCUGAGUGAUCUCUGUGAGCUGAAGUUGAUGAUAUAAAAAAAUUUGAUAGAUAAUAAUAAGAAUAUUAUGGGAGCCGUUGAGAGUUAGGAGCAUGGCCAGAUACAAGGUCCAAAUUGACAUGUGUACCAAUUCAAGAGAUGAACAUGCAAUAUUUUUGCUUGCAUGGAAAACAAAAAGUUACUGGGCAACUUUAAUGUACCCUACAAUUUAGAGCUCAGUUAGACUACAACCACCACCAAACCAUGUGUCUUUCUACAUAUUUAAUGUUAGCCAUCCUGAUGCUGUCCAACAUAGUUUUGUCACAGUAGAAAAUUGCACAUCCAAUUCAAUGUAUUGCUGACUUGAAAUGAGUUUCUAUAAGUAUAAAUUACAUUUGGGGCUGAUUUCAUGUUGGGUGCAAAUUUUACACAUAAUUAGCAGUCUAGAAUAUCAUGUUGAACUACAAGGGGUGGAAAUGCAUACAUUUGGGUACAGGGCAAAUCAUACUUACCAACUUUAUAAAUGUCCAUUUGGGAAAAACAGUAUCUUGGUGGGUAUAUACAUGUGAUCAUUGUGGGGGUCGAGGAUGGAUGUUUUGUGUGAGAUUCUAUGAGAAUUGCCCCAACACACCCCUCAGUUACACUCAUU